AUGGCCGACACCGACACCGUCCGCCGGCGCAAGCCCGAAUCCAAGACAGCCUCAGCAUCAGAAGACUCCGAAGUCGAAGAGAUCGUCCGCCCCGGAUUCCCUCCCCACUCCGACUCUCAGAAUGGCGGCAGCAAGAAAAAGAAAGCCCCCAAGCGCCGAAUCGAAGACGAGGACGAAUCCAACCCCUGGCUCCUCGACAUCCUCCGCGUCAUCUCCUUCCUCUUCCUGGCCUCUUGCGGUCUAAGCUACCUCAUCUCCAAUGGCGAGACCUUCUUCUGGGGCAUGUCCCACCCGCCCAACUACCUCCAGCUAGGAUGGUGGAAGUCCCAAAUCAGCGGCCCCAUCUACCUCACCCCCGCCGAACUCGCCGCCUUCGAUGGCACCGACGAAUCCAAGCCCAUCUACCUCGCAAUCAACCACACCAUCUACGACGUUUCCGCCAACCGCCGCACUUACGGCCCGGGCGGCUCCUACCACGUCUUUGCCGGCGUUGACGCCUCGCGCGCUUACGUCACCGGUUGUUUCGCCGAGGACCGCACCCCGGACAUGCGCGGUGUCGAAGAGAUGUUCCUCCCUCUUGACGACCCUGCCGUGGACAACAAGUACUGGAGCCCCGAAGAGUUGAAGGCGCUAAAGAGGAAAGAGAUGGAGGAAGCCAUCAAGAAGGUCAAUGAUGCCCUCAGCCAUUGGGUUAACUUCUUCGGCAAGAGCAAGAAAUAUAGGUUUGUGGGGUAUGUCAAAAGGGACAAGGACUGGUUGAAGAAGGAGAAACAGCCCAAGUUGUGCGAGGCCGCGGGCAGAGGGAGGACGCCUAGGUCACCGCCGGGGGAGGAAAAGAAGGAGCACUAG